GUUACUCUUUUUACAAACAAACUGCAAUGGACCAAAACGCGGUUUACCAAUUGUUUGUUUCGACCUAUCAUCCUGAUCCCAAUGUUCACAAACAGGCUGAACUAAACAUUAGAAACAUCGAAUCUCAACCUGGAUUCUUACCAUUGGUAUUGCAAAUUCAAGCUUCAGAAGAGUUAGAUUUAGGAGCUCGUCAGGCCGCCGCUAUUUAUUUCAAGAACCGUGUUCAUAAAGCUUGGGAUGGAUCCAAAGGUAUUCUAAUUACAGAGGACGAUAAGUCUGUUAUCAAGAGAAAUAUUCUUCACGCUUUAGUCACUGCACCUGCCGCUGUUCAAGUGCAAUUAGCCGCAUCAUUAAAUAGUAUCCUUACUACGGAUUUUCCUGGAAAUUGGCUUACCUUUAUUAACGAGUUGGAAACAUUUAUGAUCUCUGAGGAAAUUCGUAUUGUUUAUGUUGGUUUGAUCGCAUUACGUGAAGUUGUCAAAGUAUUUCAAUGGAAAUCAUUGGAACGAAGAGAACCCCUACGACAAAUUAUUAAACUUACAUUCCCUGCUAUCAAUGCUAUCUGUAACAAACUUAUCAAUAUGGAUACAGUUGAAGCUGCCGAAAUGUUGAAAUUGGCCUUGAAAAUCUAUCAUUCCAGUAUUCAGGUGGAUUUGCCCAAAUGUCUGCAAGAACCCUCUUCUUUAGUACCUUGGGGUACGCUCUUCCUUCAGCUAGUCGAUAAAAAGAUUCCCAACGAGGUCUUACCUAGUGAUCCCGAAGAACGCGAGAAAUACAUUUGGUGGAAGACCAAGAAAUGGGCUUACCAUUGUUUAAACCGAUUGUUUGGAAAGUAUGGUAAUCCUGCCAUGUUACCUUCCAGCGCCACCAAAUACACUGCUUUUGCCAAAUCAUUCUCUUCCAAUUUCGCACCAAAUAUCCUGCAAACUUACCUGCAACAGAUCGAUGGAUGGAUCAAGAAGGAAUAUUGGAUGUCCAACAAAUGCUUAGCUUUAUCCGCUGCAUUCUUUGAUGACAGCAUCAAGCAUAAAACAACAUGGAAAAUCAUUAAACCUCAUACGGAUACUUUGGUCUCUCAGUUUUUAUUCCCUCAACUUUGUUUCUCGGCAGAAGACGAACAGUUAUGGACAGAGGAUGCUGUAGACUAUGUCCACAAAAAAAUUGAUCCCUUGGACGAUUUUCAUUCCAGUCAAAGUAAUGCAACCACUUUAUUAAUCGAUUUGGCUAGAGAUCGUAAAAAGCACACAUUUAUGAACAUUUUGGGCUUCAUCAAUGACGUCCUAAACCGAUACAUGGAAACACCCGAGGAGCAGAAAAACGGUCGUGAUAAGGAUGGUGCAUUAUGUAUGAUUGGUGCCUUGGCUCCAGUGAUCUUGGGAAAUACGUCUGAGGUUGCCAACAUGAUGGAACCAUUCUUCGUCACUCAUGUAUUUCCUGAAUUCAAAAGCAGAUUUCCUUACUUGCGUGCAAGAGCCUGUGAAAUUGCUAGACAUUUCAGUGAUUUAGACUUUACAAAUGAACAGAAUCUUGCUAUUUUAUACCAAAAUGUACUCGAUUGUCUUCGUGACACUGAGCUUCCUGUUAGAGUACACGCUGCUUUAGCUUUACAACCCAUGAUUCGACAUGCAAGUGUUUGUGAAGCGAUGGCACCCCAUUUACCAUUUAUUAUGCAAGAAUUCCUCAACCUAACGAAUGAAAUUGAUAUUGAUACGUUAUCCAGUGUGAUGGGAGAAUUUGUGGAAGUGUUUGCAGAACAAUUAACCCCUUUUGCAGUCCAACUCUGUACGCAAUUACGAGAUACCUUCUUGCGUAUCAUGGAAGAACUUUCACAAACAUUCCACAAGAACACAGACGACGAUGAUAACUUUGAUGGCGAUGUGGAUGAAGCAAGUGACAAAACCAUGGCAGCCAUGGGUGUCCUCAAGACCAUCGGUACCUUGAUCCUGAGUUUGGAAAGUACGCCCGAUAUUUUGCAACAAUUAGAAAACGCACUGUUACCCGUCAUCACCUAUACACUUGAAAAACGCAUUAUUGAUCUCUAUGAUGAAAUCUUUGAGAUCAUUGAUUCUUGUACAUUUUCGGCUAAGCGUGUUACACCCACCAUGUGGGGUGUCUUUGAACUGAUCUAUAGUGCUUUCAAGGACUCUGGAUUGGAUUUCAUGAAUGAAAUGUUGCCUGCUUUGGUUAACUUUGUGUCGUAUGGUAAAGACGUGUUUACUACCAAUGAUCAUGUCAAGCAAAUGAUGUUUGAGAUCAUUGAUACUGUCAUGAAGAGCGACCAUUUAGGAGAGGUGGAUCGUGUCUGUGCAUGUCGAUUAAUGGAAUCUAUUUUGCUCAACUGUCGUGGCUACGUUGAUGUUUGUGUUGCACCUUUCUUAAAUCUCGCCUUCCAGUACAUUUUUACUGGUCAAAUGAAGACAACGGAAUUCAAAGUGCACUGUAUCGAGGUUGUUGUAAACUGCAUUUAUUACAAUCCUGUUUUAACCCUUCGUAUCUUGGAUGAAAACCAAUGGUCGCAAGGUUUCUUUAGUCUUUGGUUCUCCACCUUGGAUAAAUUCUCAAGAGUCCAUGAUAAGAAAUUAGCUAUUGUGGCCAUGUGUUCCCUCUUAAACUUGUCCUCAGAUCAAAUUCCUCAAUCCUUACAAUCUGGUUGGCCACAAAUUUUGGUCAGUAUUUCGGGGGUAUUUGAAAGUCUACCUAAAGCUAUUGAAAAUCGUGAAGCUAUGGAAAAGUUGUAUAGUGGAUCAUUUGAGGAAGACGAAGAAGAAGAAGAGGAUGAGGACGAGGAAGCUGGUAGUGAUGAAGAAGGAGAGGAAGAGGAAGAAGGAAGCGGUGAAGAGGAAGAAACCAGCGAUGUUGAAGAGGAAGAGGAUGAAGACAACGAAGAUGAGGAUGUUCAAGAUGAGGACACUGAAUAUUUGGAAUAUUUAAAUCAACAAGCUGCUAAUCAAAACAAUGAAGACAGCGAUGUAGACGAUGAGGAAGACGAAAUUGCUGAAGAAAUCAUGUUUGAAUCACCUUUGGAUGAUGUUGACCCUUACAUUUGCUUUGAACAAGUCUUUAGAGAUAUGCAACAACACAAACCCGAGUUUUAUACACAUUUGACAAAGGACUUGAAUGCAGAAACACAAAACAAUAUCAUGGCUGCAUUAGCUGUGGCAGAACAGAAUCGUAACGAAUUAGCAAACGCAUGAAAGAGCGUCGUCGAAUAAAGUUUAAAUAAUCAUUUCCAAAUCUUGACUUUUUUUUUUUGU